ACUUCCUCUGACUGACUUGAUUUUGACCAAUUACAAAGUAUAAAGAAUUCCUCCAACCAAUCAAAAGUUUAUUAUUAUCUAAAAGCUCCACCUCGAACCAGAAACACAGAAAUCGAGUUAAACAGUUUCAGUCGGUUAUAUUUAUUCGUGUUUUUUUUUUAUAUGGUGACAUUUAUUGUGGAGCGUUCUUUAUUAUUGUCAUUAAAAUGCGAUGCGUUUGAAAAAACUGGUUCUGAAAGUCUUUUCCGGUGAAGGAUCGACAACUUUCAAUGUAUUUACUUGCAAAAAUAUCGCUAAAGUAAACGUUUGCAAUGUUAAAUUUGAAGUAGGUUAGGUAGAUUUUGCAGCAAUUCCUCGCGUCACCGUGUAACUUUAAGUUGAACUGGUAUGGUCGUGGAGGAGAAACUCGUGAGAGAGCAUCCCGGAAGAAUGAAUGUGAUCAACUUAAGAGUGAACCAUGCAGCCCUGGCUUAUGCCAUGACCACGCUGGGCUCGGGCAUGAUCAACAACAUCUUCAGCUUCUACUAUGUCAAACUCUUCUUGAAUAAGUACAAGAUAUCAGAGGGAGCUUUCCACCAGUCACAAGUGGUGUACAUGGUGUGGAAUGCAGUCAAUGACCCUCUCUUUGGUUACCUGCAAGAUAAUUCCAGGGUGCCCUGCUGCUCUCAGAGACGGCUCUCCAUCCUGUACGGUGCUCCCCUCUACUCCCUGGCUUUUCUUAUAGCCUGGUUUCCAUGGCGAUCCUACACCCCUGGCGAAUGGAUGAGUGGCUUGCACUUGACAGUAGCACUGUGUGCUUUUGAUGGCAUGCUGACGUUUGUGCUGCUGGCACAAUGUGCCUUGUUUGCAGAGAUUUCCAGUCAUCACCAGAACCGAUUAAGGCUUAUAAAGUACAAUCAGGUGGCUUCUCUUAUUGGCUCCUCCAGCAUCCUUUUCUGUGGUGUGCUGUCCAAUAACAUGGAAGAUUUAACAUCUUUUCAGUCGUUCUCAGUGCUGAUUGCUAUCCUGAGCUGUGGCUGCAUGCUGUACACAGGCUUCCACAGUGAGAGCCGCUUUGAUAAUAAAGUGUCUGAGUCAGCUAAUCCGCAGUCUGGUGACCAGGCUCCCCAUCAAACAGCAUGUUCCUUCUCAAUGUUGAAGAAGCUGAUGUGGCAGAUCCUGACCAACACAGACUUUCAACUGUUUGUGCUCAUGAACUUCUGCCAGGUGUUCAUGUUGGCUUUCUUUAAUAAUUUUACCAUGAUUUUCGCCGAGCACCUGAUUCCUCCAGAUGUGCUUCCAUCGCUGGCCAAGAGCAUCAUGUAUGGAGCAGGAUUUAUCUGUCCACAGCUGUUAGUGUUGUGCAGUCAGAGCCUGCUGCGCAGUCUUGGCUACUACAAGAUCAUCAUCUUCACCUUCUAUGUUGAGGCAGGAAUGGCAGCUGUCAUGCUAGUACUUGGCCAUCAGCAUUACUAUAUCCUGGCAGUUUUCCUCACAUUCAACAUGGUUUUAAUUCAGGCAGCUUUCAGUCUUUUUAGCUUGCCUCUGGCAGAUAUUAUUGAUGCAGAUCUGCAACAAUACAAGCGCAGUUCUCCCCUCUCUUCCAUGGUGUUUGGAACAAACGCUUUGUUCACGAAGCCAGCUCAGUCUCUGGCCCCAAUGAUGGUGCUUAAUAUUUUGAACCAGUUUGGAUACGAGAAGUUGAAGGAUGCGGGGCGGUACUCAGAUCUGAGUGCUUUGGAAAACCUCCACAGUGUCAUGUUCUACCUGGUUUGUCUGGUGCCCAUGUGCAUUGGUUCCCUACAAGUGCUGGCUUGGAGGCCGUUUUCCAUCCGUAACAGCCACACAGUCGACACAAAGUACCCGGACAGCUAAUGUUAGUACUUUAUGAAUGCCAAAGAAGUUAGCUGCCAGGAUUUUUACUGGAAUAAUGGGGAACGUUUUGUUGCAAUCAUGUUGAAAGUAUUGCCAAAAUGAUUGAAUAUUUGAUGGAGUGUAUGAAUAUGUCAUGAAAAUGUGUAGUGAACAGCAUCUCCAUAGGAUGCCAUAGUUGAUCCGUGGUAUCAAGUAGAUACAAAAUCAAACAAGGGAAGGGGAUAAAAAUGAUAUUUGGAUUAUUUAUAAUGGUGACUGUGAGAAAACUUUUGUAUAUUCUUUUGUACUGUAUCUGAGAAGCCCAUUCCAGAUGUGACUAUUGUGUUUGCUCCUUUUCUAACACAUUAUUUUAUAACACCAGACGCCUUUACAAAAGCCCAGUUGUAGUUUUCCAUUUAUGUUAAAGGUAAACACUUUGUGCACUCAGAUCAGAUUAUACUGUGAAAAAAGACAAGUGCUUAAGAAAACUUGCACCAAAAUGAGUUUGUUUUCAAAAGAGAAAGUGUACUUAAUUAAACACUGAAUCUGCAUAUGUAUAAGUAAGUUACUUCAAAAAUCUGCUUGUAUUUAGAAUUUUACAGAAGUUUAAACUUUGCACUUUUUUAUACCAGAACUGGUCAGAAGCCAUUAUUCACUUUAAUCCUUACAUAGAAGCAAUUUAUCAAUCCAGGGUUCGUUUUGGUUUAAUCAUAAAUAUGUCGUAAUUCUUUUCUGCAUAAAAUGAAUAAAUAAAUACAUGCUAUGACCUUCAUCUUGAUUCUAUAUCAUCUUGGUGGAGGGGGGGGGAAGUUUUGUUUGUUUGUUUUAGUUUAAUGAAAUGCCUCAAAUCAAGUUGAGCAACUGGUUGCAUGGUAGAAGUGAAGCUAAUAUAAUUAUAAUAAUAUAAGAAGGGCACGUGAUUGACGACACAAUUUGAGAGAAUUAUUUUUCUUAAAAAAAAAGAGUCUUGCCUUUAUUAAAAGAAAAACAAAACGAAAGUUUCUCAAACAUAACAGUUAAUGCCAUCACCUUUUCAGUACACAGGCAAUAUUUGAAGACACAAAUUCACUUAUAACUGAAACCUCAUAGAGCUUAGAACUUCUUCUGAAAUCACUCUUUUACACAAUAUCACACAUACUUGUUUAUAACAGGAUCAAAAUGAUCAAAGAAAGAAACACUUUUUUAUUUCAUGGUUUACUCUGGCAUUUAAAAAGGAGAAUAAAUCAGAUGUUUGACACAGCUGAAUGGCAGAAAGGCUGAACCUUAAAUCCUAGCUUUUAUGAGCAAAAAAGGAACAAUUCUGUCUUUCCACCUCAACCAUGUCAGAAAUGCAUUUAUGGGGUUCUAACGUAAACAUAAUUUGAUUAUUUGUAUUAAACAGCAGACAAAACGAUACAACUUAUGCCAAACCAGGAUGCCUCAAAAACAGAUUAGACGUUUGGUUGCCUUAAUGAGAAUUUUGGACAGGUUCUCUGAAGUAAAUUAUGCUUUAAAGAUGAUCCUGCCUUGUGUAAUGUUUCUUAUUUGGGUUUUCUGUAUCCGUAAUGAUCAAGUGUCUGUUUGUGGUCAAAUUUUGAGGCUUUGAUUAAAAAUGUUUUUACACA